GAGGACCCAUGGUGAUAUAUUAUAUAUUAAGUGCAUUGGAGCUGCUGCAUUACGCAGGUCCUUGUUUAAUUUGACCAGUCGGUUGUCCAAUCCUAUCCGUUGUUCUGAAAUGGUUAUUCGGGCGAUUACUGUAGUCUUGUUGCUGGGCUACGUCAGCAGUAAGCCCACCGCUACAGUGGACCCCUAUACCCCAGGGCCCCUUGAGGUCAAAGUGAACCUCUUGCUGCCUCAAACAACCGGACUUUCAGGAGUGGAACUGAACGUCUGGACUCCCAUGACACCGGGGAACUAUCCCGUCCUGUAUUUCGCAGAUGGAUUGGCCAUGAACAUUCCUGCAAUUGCUUAUACCAAAGUGCUCUCACACAUGGCAUCUCACGGAUUCUUGGUUGUGACCCCUUUCCUGACGGCAGUGACCUCUAAGCCGAGCGAAAAGCUGCCUUACUUCCGAAGCAUCUUGGAUUGGGCUGAAGCGAACAUGCAAGACGUCCUGCAUGAGAAUGGCGUCCCUGCAAAUGUCACAUUCGACUUCCAGACAUUGUUUGGCAACUCCCACUCGGCUGGCAGUCACGUCAUCGUAUUGUACUUGAAAGAGACUUGUGGCAACUUCAAGGGUCUGGUCCUCAUGAGCCCAGUAGAUGGCGCUGACCCAUUCGGACUGGUGGACGAUUUCUGCAUAACACCAGGAGAGGAGCUCAAUUUCAUCACGCCUACAUUACAUUUGUAUACUGGAUAUGAUGCUAAGAAAGGAUCGCUGGGCACCGCUUGCGCCCCCAAAACACUCAGCAACGAAAGAUUCUGGAAUGCGCUGAACCCCAAAUCCCACCGCUGGUCUAUCAACGCCACCGACUUCGCCCACGCCGACUUCCUCGACGACGAAUUCAAAGUCUUCGUGGACAAGACACAUUUCUGCGCUGUCAAUGAGGACUUGGUGGAAGAAGACUUCCCCAAGUACCGUCAGUUUGUUGCAGGGACCGCGGUUGCUUUCUUCAAAGCCCUUCUAGAGGAAGACUAUGCAUACUAUCUGAAUUACCUUGAAGAUGUUAGUGUGAUGCCCAUAGCUGCUACGGAGAGGCACUUCACUCCUGCCGGGGAGCGUCCUUCGCCAUAUUGCAAACAGGAGCCUCUUCGACGACAGGGUUCCACUUGAAUUUCAACUAGAAGGAAAUUAAAAAAGUUAGAUAAUACUUACCAAAAUGUGAUUGCUCAUAUUUAAUAAAAGAUAUAUGCAUGCA